AGCGAAGUAUAUUUAUCUCAUAUACACAACUGGGUAGUUGAGGGUUAAGGGCCUUGCUCAAGGGCCCAGUAGUGGCAGCUUGGUGGUGCUGGAAUUUGAACUCAUUGAAGUCCAAUGUCUUGACCACUGAGCUACUACCACCCACUUUAAUAGGAUGAAUUUGUUGCCAUGAGCAACACGGAAUCAUGACAUCAUAGAACUUAUGAGCUUAUGACUGCGGUGCAUUCCGGAACUUCACCAUUUCCAAGAGACUGUAAGUAUUCUAAUCAACCAGAAAGCAGCAAUUCAAGACACAAGACAAAGUGUUAUGAAGGGGGUGAGAUGAAUUGUCCAUAAUGGAGAGCAGUUUGUUCAGUGACCUACACCUGACUGACUCAAACGUCUCCGGGUUUUGUCCAAUGAUAGUUUUGACCUUGCGAAUGAGUUUAUUGAUCCUGCUGGAAUCUCUGACAAUUAACAACACAAUUAAUUGUAUCCAGGCGUUCUAGCACAAGCUGGAUGAGAGUUGAGUUGUGGCUUCUUGAAGGAAACACUUCACAGAGUGUGUUUUGAGUGUUUCAUCUAUUCAAAUCACUGAUGACAUCUUUAAAAAGUGCUAGCCAAUGUGAUUUAGGACACAUUGUGACCCACUGCAAUCUAGAAACUUGAAUAAAGUAUUGUAAACAUACUGAAUGUUGUAAUUACAUGGAGCUUUGUUAUAACAGUUUUAUUUUUAGUGCCGUUUGGUAUUAUUGUUUAUGGCCCCUAGGCUCCGCUACCCAUCAUUUGAAGCUGUAUAUAAAUGUUUUGCCACAGUCCCGAACUGAUCUCGAAUGGGUAUUAUCAUCCCAAUCAACAAAUCUCCUAUGCAGAGCACCCCGUCAGGAGGAGGAACCGCACAGUUAGUGAACUCAGUGCACAGGAUUAUGAGAAACUGAAAGCAAAAAUGUUUCGCUAUGGACCCAGGUUGAUCUCGAAUGGGUAUUUUCAUCCCAGUCGACAAAUCUAUAUAGAGCACCCUGACAGGAGGAGGACAGUUGGUGAACGCACACAAAAUUAUGAGAGACUAGAAGCACGUCCUAUUCUCACUCCUGAACAACUGAUAGGUCAACAUACACUUCCUCCUACAGAGGGUCGUCCUCCUCCCGUGCAAGAAGCUGAAGAACCACCAGUCUUAAAUCACUUCACGCCCUCAAUAGUCACUUCCCUCAUGUAUUAUUUGUAUGUCUUUUUAGUGCUUGCCGUUCUUCUUACCAUGCUUUGCAGUGUUUUCCACAUGUCGGAAAAACAAUAUGUAAACCGCACAAUGAUACAAGUCAUAAAAAAGCAGACGCUAUCACGUGAGGAAUUGGAAAAAAUCAUACGCAGGGCACUGAGGACUAAUGAUACUGGAAUGACUGACUACGCAUUGGAGUCUUUAGGCUCCACUGUGAUAAUCAAUUCAGAGACCCACAAACCCAGAUAUUGCAGUCAGUUUGACUUCAGUAUAUGGUGCAAAAAGUAUGGACCUGAAACAGUUCUACAGCCGGAUAUCUUCCCCGGGAAGUGCUGGGGAUUUAAAGGAUAUAAAGGCCACCUGGUCAUUGCUCUGCCGCACCCUGUACUAAUCACCCACGUUACCAUGGAGCACCUGCCAAAACUGUUCUCACCUCCUCGCCACAGGAAAAGCGCAACGAAAGACUUUGCAGUUUAUGGAAUAGUCAAUGAGACAAAGACAGAGAAACUUCUGGGAAAAUUCACCUAUGACCAGAACGGAGAACCCAUCCAGACAUUCAACAUUCAGGGCUCUCCGAAUGAGAAGUAUGGGAUAGUGUCAUUGAGGAUCCUCAGUAAUUGGGGUCACCCUGAAUACACCUGUGUGUAUCGCUUCAGAGUCCACAGCCAGACAAGGAGUGGGUAAAAAAGGAAAUUAAGCAGGUGAAAAAAAAUUAAAUAGAAAUAAAAUAUAUAAAUAUAUCCAUUUAUAUUUUAUUUCUAUUUUUUUAAAAAAAAUUUCACCAGGGUGCACGGUGGCUUAGUGGUUAGCACGUUCGCCUCACACCUCCAGGGUCUGGGGUUCGAUUCCUGCCAGGACCAUGUGUGUGCGGAGUUUGCAUGUUCUCCCCGUGCUGCGGGGGUUUCCUCCGGGUACUCCGGUUUCCUCCCCCAGUCCAAAGACAUGCAUGGUAGGCUGAUUGGCAUGUCCAAAGUGUCCGUAGUGUAUGAAUGGGUGUGUGAGUGUGUAUGUGACUGUGCCUGGCACCCUGUGCCAGGACUGGCACCCUGUCCAGGGUGUACCCCGCCUUGUGCCUGAUGCUCCCUGGGAUAGGCUCCAGGUGCCCUGCGACCCUGAAGAAGGUAGUAAGCGGUAGAAGAUGGAUGGAUGAAAAAAUUUUCACCUGCUUAAUUUCAUUUUUUCCUCGUCUAGAUAGAUAGAUAAAUAAAUAAAUAAAUAAACGAACAAACAAACAAGUAAGGGACAGGUAAGGUAAGGCAGGUCAACUACGAGAACCAAAUGUUUGCUUACUGUGUAUAUAUUUAUCCCCGACCUUGAAAUGCGCCGUUGUUAUGAUAUAAUGAACAUUAUUCACUUCAUCUGUUAGUGGUUGUAAUGUUUUAGCUCAUCAGCGAAUAAUGACAUAAUCAAAAUCUACAUCCGAAUACCUGUAAAGCUGCUGGAACAAUGUUUAUUAUUAAAAGUGCAAUAUAAAGAAAUAAAGAAAUAAAAUAAAGUAAAUAAAAAAUAAUAAAAUAAACAAAAUAAAAAAUGAACAUACUAAAUAGAAGCAUGUUUGUUUCUAGUUGUUUAUAUUUGCAUAUGUAUAAAAAAUUAUAUAACAUCAAAUAAAUAAACAAAUAAAAUGAAUAAAAUGUUAUUGUUUGCUGUGGUUAUUAUGCAUCGUUUCAUAAAGUAAUCAUGGGUAUUGCACACAAACACACACACACACCCCAAACACUUUAAACCAAACACUGACAUUUGACCUUAUGAAAUGAUGAUCAUAGUAACAGAAGACAAUAU